CCUAUCAAACCCUCAGUCUUUUUUAAUCUCAUCGCUGAUAAUGCAUUUGUCCGUGUACAUCGCUAUAAUUCUUAUUGUGGAGCGUUCAUAUGGCACACAAGCUCAAGAUGUUACGAACGAGGACAUUAAAAAAGAGAUCGAUGUGUUGAAGCUCAGCAACUCAAAGAUCGAAGAGCAGUUAAAUUCAACGCAAUCAAAACUGGAACAGUUGGUCCCAAUAGAAAAAGUGGAGCUGGAAGCAAAUAAACUAGAUCAGAAAUUGGACAAUAUAUGGCAGCAAUUACAAGAAGCAAACAACAAAUCUCUCAAUCGCACUGAUGACCUUCAGGGCAGUUUGCAGAAUACCUCCGCCAAAUUGCAAGAUCAAGUCGCCGGUAUAGAAGUGCAACUAAAUGACACCAAUAUCAAAUUGGACUAUGCCUGGCAGCAAUUGCAAGAAGCAAACCACGAAUCUGUCGCUCUCAAUGAAGAACUUUGGAGCAGCUUGCAGGACGUCUCCACAAAAUUAGAAGAUCAAGUCACCAGGAUAGAAGUGAAAGUAGAUGACACAAAUAAUAAACAGCAACAAUCAGAAGAAGCAAGUAAUAAAACCCUCGAUCUCAUUAGGGAACUUCGAGAGCGCUUACAGGAUAUAUUCGUAAAAAUUAAUGAAAUUGCUCAGCCAACGAUCGGAAUUGAUAAAUUUAAGCCUUUCAGUUACAGUUAUCCGGAAAGCUGUGCUGAUUACAACCCCGAGUAUUGCGACAAUGAAACUUGUCGCACAAAGGUUCAAAAUUCAUCUGAGGAAUUUUUGAUUCCGUGUGAAAAUAGUGCGAAUGGAGAACGUUGGACUAUAAUACAAAGGCGUGAAGAUGGUUCCGUGGAUUUUCAGCGUAAUUGGAUUGACUAUAAAUCAGGUUUCGGUAGUGCAAAUGGUGAAUUCUGGAUUGGUUUGGAUAAAUUACACGAUCUCACCACCAAUCAAGACCAUCACGAACUAUUGGUUGUAUUAGAAGAUUAUAAUGGCAAUAUCAGGACCGCAACUUACGAUGCAUUCGAAGUAGGUUCCGAAUCACAACGUUACAAAUUGAAAUUGGGUUCGUAUGAAGGCGAUGCGGGCGACUCGCUACGUUAUCAUGAAAAUGCUGGUUUUCAUACCAAGGAUAACGAUGCCACCAGAAGGUGUGUUAAGUAUCACAAGGGAGGCUGGUGGUAUAAAAAUUGCUUAAGAGCCAAUCCAAAUGGAAUUUAUUAUCCCUCUGAAGUAGCAGCAUCGCUUGGUACAGGAAUAUAUUGGCGAUCAUUUGUCGAUCGCAAGUAUUCCUUAAAAUCAAUUAAAAUGAUGAUAAGACCUAAGUACACCCCAAGUAAUAAUUAACCAACUUUUCCUUUUUCAUAUAUGUAUAGUACGUUUUAAUAAAGCAAAAGCAAAAAGCAAUUGAAGACGAAUUUAUCGAUAUGUCAUUAAAUAUUCCCAGUAAAUGGAAAGGAAUAUAUCGGUGCAGUGUUAACCAUUUUAUGACAGAAUCCUGAUGGGAGAUUGCUAUGACUAUUAAUAUGACAAUAGAGUCGACGAAGAACUAAACACAAAAU